GGCAACUUUCACCAUCACUCACUACCUACGGUCUGCCAGCAACGAGUGGCUAACGUCGCACUUCUGGAGAAUCUUCAACGAAGCUAUCCAAGCUUGAUGAUUGGAGGUGUCAUUAGCCAUAAACGGUAACAGCUUCAACAGAGAAGCUGUUGUGCGGUUGCAAGUUGCGAGACAGAGCGUCUCCAGAGCGGAAUCUUGAUUAGCGCACUCGAGUUAAGCCUCUUCCCGUUCAACGCCAGCAAGCCAGCGGCUCGCCAUCGACUCAAUAUCCAUCAUUAUGAGCGGCUCGGAGAUGAAAUCUAACGGUGAAAAUGGAACUGCGGGCCCUCGGAAGAGGAUAAAGCGAAAUUCCAGGACCCUCUCAACCGGCGACGCGACCACCGUGGACGCGAUCCUGUUAGCGAAAGCUUGUCCGCAGUUGAAGAACUCGAGACGCAGUCGCAAUGGACGCGGUCGUGGCGCUCCCAAGAAAGGCGGUGCAGGUGGGAAAGGUACCUGGGGCACUCCCGGGUCUGAGCUCCAGCCGGACUUCGUCGAUCAUAAGGACCCCAACUAUGACUCCGAGGCCGAAAAGGACAACCUCGAGUUCGAAGCGAUUACCCCCGCUGUGAAGGAGGAAGACCUCGAGAAGGUCGUGAGUCCUCUCAUCGUGGAGUAUUUCGAGCACGGCGACACCAACGAAGUUAUCAUGUCAUUGGAAGAAUUGAACCUAUCGAACGUCCGGGCGGCACUGGUCGCCCUGGUGGUUCAACUGUCGCUGGAGAGGAAACCGUCUCACCGCGAAAUGUGCUCGGUAUUGCUCAGUGACUGUUAUGACAGGAUUCUCGAGGAGGAAGAUUAUGAGAACGGUUUCAAGCUUCUCCUUGAAUCUAUCGGGGACAUUUCGCUCGAUACACCCGAGGCAGCAACGUGGAUUGGAAACUUCGCCGCGCGAUGUAUCGCCGACGAUUGUCUCGCUCCGAAGUUCCUGCAGGAGAAAACCGAGAAGCCGCUCUCUCCAAAGGCCCAAGAAUGUCUCGCACACGCGAGUGCUUUGCUCAAGAUGCCUCACGGUCUUGUUCGAUUGGACAAUGUCUGGGGCACGGGUGGAGGUAUGCGACCAGUGCAGAGUCUGGUGAAGCAGAUUCAGCUCCUGAUUCGAGAAUACCUCGUGUCGGAAGACAUCCAAGAAGCUCAAAGGUGUCUCCGCGAGCUCGAAGUUCCUCAUUUCCACCAUGAACUGGUUUACGAAGCGCUGCUCUUCACCAUCGAAGACAUGCAUGACGCGGCGAUUGGUGCACUUGUUAAGCUGUUGAAGGCGUGCGAUGAAAGCGGAAUAAUUACCCCCCAGCAAAUGCAGAGGGGUUUCGACCGCGUUUACAGUGAGAUGAACGAUAUCGUUAUUGAUGUCCCACCGGCGUAUUCUGUGCUCGAGAGGAUUGUCGACAAGUGUUUGAAGGAAGGAAAUUUCUUGCCGGAAAAGGUCGUUACGAUGAUGCCUUCGAGAGGACGGAAACGUUUUGUUUCUGAAGGCGACGGCGGCCGCGUGAAGGACUGCUAAGGAGGGAACGUUCAGUGCCAACGACAAAAGAGAAUCAGACCAAAGCUCCGCAAAUUGCUCGCGACACCAAAUCUCUCUGUAUGUUUCGACUACAAACGAUCUCCACGGAUCUGAUGGGGGCGUUAUCUGAAAUCGAUUCCGUACGCAGAUUCAAUGAACGAGGCAAUGCCAGCUCUAGAGGCCGAUCGGAACUUCGACUUGUGUCGGAGCGAAACUUCGAUCUGUUUCUCUCUUGUGUAGGGCUCGUUGGGUUCGAAUGAGAUUGAUCUUCGCCGAUUUUUCCAUACCUAAAUUAAGACUUCGGAAGUGUACGAAAGUGCUGCAGCUGCUCCGGCAGGCAUGACUGUUGUAGUGAUUGGUGUCGAAUGCUCCAUAAGGAAUGAUUGCUUACUCUAGCGUAAAUUGUCUCAGUAACCGAUUUAUCGCUUUGUCGUCCGAUCGUCGGUUGGCUCGGUUCGUCGCUGCCGCCGACGGCGCUGUCGACCCCAUCGACGAUCUGAUCACAAUUCCGAAGUUCCACCUCAAUAGAUUCUCGAAAGUGUGAUGAUUUUUCGCCCUCAUCGUAUUACUCGAAUUAUACCCGAGCACCGAAAGCAGAACAUGAACUAAGAAACGUUCGGACCCAGGUAUCGUAUGCAGCAACAGAGUGAAGUUCCCACUGUAUCGGAGGGAGGAGCAGCCGACCGAGUCCCGACCAUCUUCUAACCUUGCUAGAUGCUGUAGCGGAGUGAUGUCGGAAUUUUUUCUUCAGAUGAGCACUUGGUAUACUCAUUCGCUAUUCCGAGUGGAAUAUCAAUAUCAGAGCAGUUUGUUAGAAUUGGUUUACUUUAAGAAGAUUAUUUUGUAAAACUCGGCCUAGCUCCAACGGAAACCCAGUCGAUCACCAAGCAGCGCAAUCGAAGGGGAAGGCUGACAAGACCAAGGAUACCAGGUUUACUGAGCUGUGUUGCUUCGAUAGCCUGAUCUUAGUGAGGUUCUGGAAGUGUUUCGAAUAAAAGUGGCGAGACUUUGACA